AUAAAACAUUUCUUUGCAGAUGUGUUUCAAAGGAACGUGCGUGCCGUGGUUGAAGACUGUCAACCCCAACUAUGUGCGUCCUCUGGUGAGAGAAGGUGGCUGGGGACCAUGGAGUCCGUCUUCUCCCUGUGACAACACUUGUGGUGAUGCUGUCAGCGUCUCCACACGACAAUGUAACAGACCCACACCUCGCAUAUCUACAUUCUGCAACGGAAGUGCUAUUAAAGCGAAGAUGUGUCCGUUUCAACAGGUGUGCCCAGGUGAGAGCAGCGUGGAGUCGGAACUCGUCAAACAACGGGUCAAGGCCGUCUGUGGCAAGGUGAAGGUCAGCGGUGCCUCGGUCUACAACUUGACUGGAGAGGGCAACCUGUACAGCACGAGCGGCGACAUGAAGAAGUGCAGCGUGACCUGCAACCACGUGGAUGGCUCCUCGACAACCCGCUUUGCCCUACAGGACGGGACACCAUGCUGGGGUGAGGACAACGACAGGGACCACGACUCUAAUGUCAGAGGCAUCUCGUGGCGAUGUGUACAAGGCCGAUGUCUGGCCUUCGGGUGCAACGGCAAGAGUCUGGGUGAGGGAGGCGGUGUGGAGAAAGACAGGUGUGGAGUGUGUGGCGGGGACGGCUCGUCUUGCCCCAAGUAAAACUGUCAACCCACAUCUUUGAACACACUAACCAGGAGGUGACUACAAAAGCUGAAGAUGAAUCUUUAAGACGACACCUGUCAGAAGAACCUUUUUAUAUUGAUCGCCAUUGAGAAACUAAUGCUACACACCAUAUGUACUUGUUACAGUAUUUUCAUCUUGUGAUAGUCUCCUCUUGACAAGACUGUUGAAUAAACAAUUGAUCUGCAA